AAUCUGAACAUUAAAAUGUGCUUCUUGUUCCAGUCUGUCCCCUGCCCAUCAGACCUGGUUGCCAUGGCAGCACAGAGACAAACUAAGAUCGAGCGGUACCGUCAGAAGAAGGCGCUGGAAACCAGACUGUCACAUGUUAAAAGUGCCAUAGACAGCGGACAGGACGAUGAUGAAGUCAACCGAGAUUUUUACCUUCUGAACGUCCAGAGAUGGGUGACUGUGUGUCUGGAGGAAAUCGAGAGUAUUGAUCAGGAGGUGGAGAUACUCAGCAAGAUGGAUGUUCUAAAGCAGAGUGCUGCCAAGCAACCAAGUCAGCCGGUCAGGCCUCCCAUGAAACCAUUCAUCCUCACCAAGAAUACUCUACAGGCUCAGGUUUUCGGGCCUGGCUACCCAAGCCUUCCCACUAUGACAGUAGAUGACUGGUAUGAACAGCACAGGAAACAUGGAGUCCUGCCUGAUCAGGCAAUAUCUAAGAGGAUCGCCGUGGAUGACGACGCUAAUGCAAUGGAGGGGGAAGAAGAGGAAAAAGAGAAAAAAGCUGAAAAGGAUGAUGAAGAGUCUCUGCUGAAAGCCAGAAACUGGGAUGAGUGGAAAGACACUCAUCGCAGGGGUUAUGGAAAUCGCCACAACAUGGGCUAACUGUUCCCAGCAUAGUGUGUGUCCAUCAGACCGACUCAGUGGACAUGGCACAGUUCCCUAAAUUUGAAGGUAUGAGAACGAAAUGCAUAGCAUUGCCUGACCACCCUGCUGACUUCUCUGACUGAUUUAUGUGCAGGUAGACAGUACAGCUGAAAUAUCAUUGUGUUAAAUUUGCAGUCAUUUACAGCUAAAGAGUUCUCUGUGGUGCCAUUUGUUUCACCCAAUCUUAAUAAGUCAGUCGUGAUGCCUAUGUUUUCCCCUCACAAUGUCGCUGGAGAAUAAAGAAUGAUCAAACCACUCAAGCCGUCAAAACACCACCAUCUUUUCUUUGACAUUGUAACACACGUUCUUGGGCCUAAUACUGUAAUUAUCAUUAUUUCAAUUGUUUCAAUGAAGUUGGCUUCUUCUCUGAACAAACACAUGUCGUGUUUACUUAAGUCUCCAUCUGUAAUUUAUUGCAAAGAGUAUCCUGAUGCAGUAGAAUUACUGUGUACAUCAUCCUUGAGUUCAACUGAGAAAAUCCCUUUCGUGUCAUUGACUAAUGUCUUAAUAUAACAACAUUCAAUUAUUUAGAAAUAUUGGGCACCAUUUGCAUAUUCUUCCAAGCAUGCAUUGUAUUAAGAUUAAAAGGUUUCCUCAAUCCUUUUUUCUGAUAUGAAA